AGAAUUUUUUGGCAGUUCAUGAACCUCAUUCAGGACCUGAACAUCGAAACUUAUACCAGAACCAUAACAAAAUCGUGCCCAAACCUUAGAUUUGUUUCAAUAUUUGUUGGAAAAGACUCACUUUGUUCCUUGGAGAGGAUCUUGAAAUGCUGUAACUUGUUGGAAGGAAUUGACAUUCAAAUGAAUCCCGGAUCAGAUUUAACCCAAACAGCCCCGGCUAUCGAACUAUUGGGCAGAUACGCGCCAAAAAGUUUAUCGACAAUUGUAAUGGAUAUACUUAAUUGCGAAAUUUUGCCUGAUACAUUGGAUGCGUUUUUAGAAGAAUGGUGGGGUCAAAAAAGAAAGCCGCUUGGAUUAUACAUAAAUAUUGGGAAAUUAUCGCAAGAAGUUCUCGAUAUAAUUGAACAGUACAAGUUCAAAGGUAUCAUCAAAGAAUUUUAUUAUCGUGAUAUGACGCCGUUCUACGAAAUUGAUUCAAUCAGAAAG